ACACUUAUAUGACCCAGUAGUUCCACUCUAGUUGUUUACAGAAGAGGAAUUAAAAUAAUAAGUCCACAAAAAUGACUGGCACAUAAAUGUUUAUUGGAGGUUCAUUUCCAGUGAACAAAACCUAAAACAAUUCAAAUGAUGAUUCAGCGGAAAUUUGGAAGGGAAAAAAAGGACAGCCUUUAGGAUCUGGGGAAAAAAAGUUUUUUCCAGACUGAAAUUUACAGGCGAUUAGGUUCCAGGUUCCGAAAUUGGUCUGUUAUUGUCGCUCAGUGUCGGGCUAAUCACUCCUGCGUUAAAAGAGCGUUUCAAGAAUGAAGAAUGCGAUUUCUCAUACAGCAACGAACUUGGCAGUCACUCGGCUUUUUAUGCUCUUAUUACCUUCCAUCAACAAAGGCUAUCUGUACCGGGCCCACCAAGGGGACAUCUGCAGGUCCUCGCAACCCAGGCCGUUCUGCCCGGAUUCCAGGCAGUGCUGGGGACCAGACUACCCAAUGGCCGCGCGCGCGCGCGCGCGCAGUAGAGGAAUGUGCACUACGUGGAUCGCACACUGGGGGGUGCUGGACAUAGCCAGCAGGUGCCCCGAGGGCAGCUGGAGGAAGAAGACAGCCCUGGGGAGUGGGCGGCCUCCGGAGUGGGCGGCCCGGGCCCGGGCGUCUCUAACGCAGGGCGGGCAGAGGACGGCGGGGGCGGGACCCAGUCGACGCGACAGUCGUGGAGGUGAGCCCUGGGGGCCUUCCCGCCCCCCGAGGGCAGGCUCUGAACCCCGGCCCCGCCCCGGCCCUCUGGGGUGUAGGCUCCUGGCUGAGUUCUGCCUGCUUGCGAACCCGCACGGGCGCCGGGGUCCGCAUCCAGGGUGCGGGGGCCCGGGACGUGGCGCGGCUGAGGUCCGGAGCCCCGGGAACCGGGCGGGGACGCUGUCGGGCUGGAGCUGCAACGGCCUUCUGACUCAGCCGCUCGUCCAGAUUUCGGGAUCUCUCUCCUGGGCGGGGAGCGCGCAACUUCCUCAUUCCCGCCCGGACCCUUGCUUCCAGCCAGUCUGACCUGACUUCGAGCCUCGCUGUCACCAGGGCUCCUCCCUUGGACUUAACCUCGCCCCAGUUCGAGGCCAUCCCACCUUAGCUAGCUGAUCGAAUGCAUCCCUAUCUGGCCAUCUAUGACCUUCAGCCUCUGAAAGCACACCCCUUGGUGUUCGCCCCUGGGGUCCCUGUUAUAGCCCAGGUGGUGGGCACCGAAAGAUACACCAGCGGAUCCAAGGUGGGAACCUGUACUCUAUAUUCUGUUCGCUUGACGCAUGGUGACUUUACCUGGACAACCAAGAAGAAGUUCCGACACUUUCAGGAGCUGCAUCGGGACCUCCAGAGACACAAAGUCUUGAUGAGUCUGCUCCCUUUGGCUCGCUUUGCUGUGACCCAUUCUCCAGCCCGAGAGGCAGCCGCCGAGGAUAUACCCUCCCUACCCCGAGGAGGUUCUGAGGGCUCUGCCAGACACACAGCCAGCAAACAGAAAUACUUGGAAAAUUACCUCAACCGCCUCCUGACCAUGUCUUUCUAUCGCAAUUACCACGCCAUGACAGAAUUUCUGGAAGUCAGUCAACUUUCCUUUAUCCCAGACCUUGGCUCCAAAGGACUGGAAGGGGUGAUCCGGAAGCGCUCGGGCGGGCAUCGAGUUCCCGGCUUCACCUUCUGUGGCCGAGACCAAGUUUGUUAUCGAUGGUCCAAGAGGUGGCUGGUGGUGAAGGACUCCUUCCUGCUGUACAUGCGCCCGGAGACCGGCGCCAUCUCAUUUGUUCAGCUUUUUGACCCUGGCUUUGAGGUCCAGGUCGGAAAAAGGAGCACAGAGACGCGGUAUGGGGUGAGGAUCGACACCUCCCACAGGUCCCUGAUUCUCAAAUGCAGCAGCUACCGGCAGGCACGGUGGUGGGGCCAGGAGAUCACGGAGCUGGCACAGGGUUCGGGCAGAGAUUUUCUACAGCUACAUCAGCAUGACAGCUAUGCCCCACCCCGGCCCGGCACCCUGGCCCGGUGGUUUGUGAAUGGGGCAGGUUACUUUGCUGCUGUGGCAGAUGCCAUCCUGCGAGCUCAAGAGGAGAUUUUCAUCACAGACUGGUGGUUGAGUCCUGAAAUUUACCUGAAGCGUCCAGCCCAUUCCGACGACUGGAGACUGGACAUUAUGCUCAAGAGGAAGGCGGAAGAAGGUGUCCGAGUUUCCAUACUGCUGUUUAAGGAAGUGGAGCUGGCCUUGGGCAUCAACAGUGGCUACAGCAAGAGGACGCUGAUGCUGCUGCAUCCCAACAUAAAGGUGAUGCGACACCCAGACCUUGUGACACUGUGGGCUCAUCACGAGAAGCUCCUGGUGGUAGACCAAGUGGUGGCAUUCUUGGGCGGGCUGGACCUGGCCUUCGGCCGCUGGGAUGACGUGCAAUACCGACUGACUGACCUGGGUGACCCCUCUGAACCUGUACAUUUACAGACUCCCACACUAGGUUCAGACCCUGCAGCCACUCCAGACCUCUCGCAUAACCAAUUCUUCUGGCUGGGAAAGGACUACAGCAACCUCAUCACCAAGGACUGGGUGCAGCUGGACCGGCCUUUUGAAGAUUUCAUCGACAGGGAGACCACACCCAGGAUGCCAUGGAGGGAUGUUGGAGUGGUUGUACACGGAGUAGCUGCCAGGGACCUUGCCCGGCACUUCAUCCAGCGCUGGAAUUUCACCAAGACCACCAAGGCCAGGUAUAAGACACCUUUGUACCCCUACCUGCUGCCCAAGUCCACCAGCACUGCAAACAAUCUCCCCUUCAUGAUCCCAGGCGGGCAGUGUGCCACUGUGCAGGUCUUGAGGUCUGUGGAUCGAUGGUCAGCAGGGACAUUGGAGAACUCCAUCCUCAAUGCCUACCUACAUACCAUUCGAGAGAGCCAGCACUUUCUCUACAUUGAGAAUCAGUUCUUCAUUAGCUGCUCAGAUGGGCGAACAGUUCUGAACAAGGUGGGCGAUGAGAUUGUGGACAGAAUCCUGAAGGCUCACGAACAGGGGCAGUGUUUCCGAGUCUACUUGCUUCUGCCUUUGCUCCCUGGCUUUGAGGGGGACAUCUCCACAGGGGGUGGUAACUCCAUCCAGGCUAUUCUGCACUUCACCUACAGGACCCUGUGUCGUGGGGAACAUUCAAUCCUACAUCGUCUCAAAGCAGCCAUGGGGACUGCGUGGCGAGAUUACAUGUCCAUCUGUGGGCUUCGCACCCAUGGAGAGCUGGGCGGGCACCCAAUCUCUGAGCUCAUCUAUAUCCACAGCAAGAUGCUCAUUGCGGAUGACAGAACAGUCAUCAUUGGUUCUGCGAACAUCAAUGACAGGAGCUUGCUGGGGAAGCGUGACAGUGAGCUAGCCAUCCUGAUCAAGGACACAGAAAUGGAACCAUCCCUCAUGGAUGGGGUGGAGUACCAGGCAGGCAGAUUUGCCUUGAGUUUGCGGAAGCACUGUUUCAGUGUGAUUCUUGGGGCAAAUACCUGGCCAGACCUGGAUCUCCGAGACCCUGUCUGUGAUGACUUCUUCCAGCUGUGGCAAGAAACAGCGGAGAACAAUGCCACCAUCUAUGAGCAGAUCUUCCGCUGCCUGCCGUCCAAUGCUACCCGUUCCCUGCGGGCUCUCCGGGAGUAUGUGGCUGUGGAGUCCUUGGCUACAGUCAGCCCUUCUUUGGCUCAGUCUGAGCUUGCCCACAUCCAGGGCCACCUAGUUCACUUCCCCCUCAAGUUUCUGGAGGACGAGUCCUUGUUGCCCCCACUGGGGAGUAAAGAAGGGAUGAUACCUUUAGAAGUGUGGACAUAGCUGAGGCUUGCGCUCAGCGGCAGCCGCGAGCCGUUGGGCCCUAUCGUGCCUGGAUCCUUGCCCCAAACCCUGAGUUCUGAGGGCAGUGCCCUUCGAUCCUUUGGGAGGACAUCUCUGAGGACUCCUAGAGAACCACAGAGGACUUGUACUUGUGAAGUAGCCAAAGGAAGCACUCCCAAGUCUGGCCUGGGGAGGCAGGAGAGAGUUGUAGAGAGGUUUGCCUUCCUGUCACCAAGUUCAAACCACUACGCCAUAGAACCCUAGCCCUACGAGGCAGCCUGAGGACAAGCCUUUUUAUUCCAGGAAAAGGGACUCCUGUCUUGGGUCUUCUUCAUCUCACUCUUCCUCCUGCCCUUGAACCCCCUACAUGCCCCAGGGCCUCUCCCAGCCCACUGCUGCAAAGAUGGAGGGAGUAUGGAGCCACUUUGACCACUGUCUCCACCAAUGGUGGUGGGAAAGACACCAGAACUGCCUCCGCCAGCCUGCUGACAGACACUAACUUUGUACUGGUUCAUCAAGCAUUUCAUAAAUAAAAGUGUAGAAACGG